AUGCAUGAACUCCAUGAAAGUUAACAGCCAGACCACUGAAGCAACAAUGGCUGAUGGUCAGCUCUCUCCAGUCAGUUUUUCUGCGGGUUAAAUAAUUAGCUUCAGCUGCAAUUUCUUGGUUUUGCCAUGUCUGAACCAAAAUAAGGAGAGAGUUUAUGACUCCAGAUGCAUGGCAAUUUUGUCUCAGUAUUUUAAAUCUUCAUUUCAUGAAUUAAACUUCAAGCUGGAGACAUCACUAACUUUUUUUGUGUGAACAUUAGGUUCUGUGGUAGUGCUGGAAUUUAGCUAUCCAAACAGAAUCUUGUUGCCGUUUGACAGUUUUUACAGUUAUUUUCAUUCUGGUCAUUCAUUUUCAAGAAUGACAGAAUUCCUCUCUGCUGUAAAAAGUAUAAUGGAAGACGCAUUUAAAAACCAUACAACAUGUAGACAUUUUCAAUGAUAAUUAAUUUUGUCAAAAGUUCAGAAAUCUUUGUUGCAAAUUUUACAACAUUCCAGUAAAAUUAAUGGUUUGGUGCUUCAACUCAUGGUAAUUUCUCAAUUCAGCUGCUUAUGAAGCAAAGGGCUACAGUUACUGUACAUGCAACUAGCAUUAUGGCUGUGGGUACCCCCAGAUACCUGGGCUCACAUCAUUUCAGUGUCUUUUCUUACUAAUUUUACUGCAUCUCUGCAUGGUGCUACUUCUGUGGUACUGUUGAAAUGUUAAAGGAGCCCAGAGUGCUAAUUGCAGUCUUGAGCCCUCUGCCUUGUCGGGUCUUCUGUUUCAUCUUUCUCUUGAUAACACUCUACAGAUUAUAGUUUACUGUCCAGUCAAGCACAAUGAUACCAUGGUUAUGAACCAUGGAACUGGUACUUCUGGAAGUGUAGACAGGUGCUAAGUCCAACUGGAAAAGGAAAUCAGCAUGCAGAGCUCUCAAAUUUCCUAGUAGACCUAUUUUGGAUUUAGUAAAACUCAGUGGAUGCAGAGGCUACGUAAAAUCAUCGCUGAUUAUAGAAACAUUACAAUGCCUAUCUCUAGUAUCUUAAAUUUCUUGGCUUUCCACCUCGAUCUUAAAUGCAGAAGUUGCGUUCCUAUUUUUAAUGAAAACCAACAGUCUGAUCUGUCCAGGGUGUACUCCACCUCUUCCCCAAUGACCUCUGGACAGCCUUCGUCCAUACAGCCAAGGAUAAGUAGGACCGAUCUAUUGUGAGCUCGUGGCUUACGCUCGUGGCCGCUGUGCUGUUUGCGCCACGCCAGUGAAAGAAAGGCGGUCAGACGGAGGUAAAGAGCGGGUAAGGCGGAAGGAAACACGAACCUACGAGCAGCAAGGAGCUGUCACUGUCACACCCCCUUUUUUCUUUGAGCACCGCAGACCUCAGCCGAGUCAGACACACUCAGAAGUUGGUUUCAGGAGCACAAACUCGCCCAGAGACGGACAGAAACUGGUUUUUUACACAUUUCCACCAUUCUACCAUUUACACCAGGAGGACUGAAUGUGAGGCGGCGGGUGCAGACCGAUAAAACGCCGACCGCUUGAUCACAGUGAUGUCCAGGUCGACAAGAUCCAUGUCGAGAUCUCGGAGCCGUUCGAGGUCCCGAUCAAGGUCCCGUUCGUCAUCACAGUCCAGAAGUCGUUCCCGGUCCAGGAAGCACCGGUACAGCUCUAGGUCUCGGUCAAGAUCUCAUUCUCCAUUUCACAACCGGGAGAAGAAAUAUCCAAGGGCGUACCAGAACAACAGAGAGUUCAGAGGGUAUCACCGUGGCUUCCGGAGGCCCUACAAUUUUAGGGGUCGAGGAAGGGGCCACUUUAACCGUGGACGCUACCACCGUGGGGGUGGUGGCUACAACAACAAUAACUUUCGUCCGUACUGGAAAAAUUUCAAGCAGUACCCUCAAAAACAGCAGCAGUAUCAACAGCAGCAGCAGCAGCAGCAGCACCAGCAGCAACAGCAGUUCAAUCAUUCAAGAGGGCGAUCACACAAUGUGCAAAAACGCUCAGGAAGUCCCCCUCAGGGUCACUCUCAGCAAUCUGAUAGAUCGUCCUCUCCCUUGUCCAGACACUCACAGCAUUCUUCUUCCUCGUCACACUCCUCCUCUCCGAAACGUAGGGCCGCCUCGCUGCUGAAUAAUCAAAACACCAAAGAUGUCAAGGAGAAGCAUCUGGCUUCCAAGGAAGUCCAAAAAGGAGGAGGGGGAGAUGACGAGCCAGUGGAGCAUGUUGGGUUAUUGGCAGGAGAUGCUAGAGAAGGUGCAGGCUGUGGGAAAGCUGAGAGGACCUGGCACAGCCUGACAGACUGCAGUAGUCCAAAGAGAAGCAGUCCCCUUGUCAACACUGAAGCUAAUGUUGGGCAAAGCAACCAAACUGUUAAUCAACCAAGUCCCAUCAAAAUCACAAAUGACACCAGGAAUGGCUCUCCUAUGACGGAGGUGGCAUCAGGUUCCUCCACAGUCAGAAAGGCCUCUAAUGAAGGUCUUAAUCCCAUGCUUUCCAGCUUUGACUUCUUCACCACUGAGGAAUACCUGGAUGGAGAUAAAACGGCCCUCUCCAUUGCUUUUAAGAAGUUUUUGGAGGAGCACACCAAAAAAUCUAAAUCUGCUUGGGAAAAUGGCAAAGUCAAAGAAGCCAGUGAUGUGGAUAAUGAAAAAGGAAAAUCAAAUGGGAAAGCUUCAGUAGUUUCCUCUGACUCUUUCCCAAAACAACGCAAGGAGGACACUGACAGGGAAAUGUCCCUGAGAAGCUUUUUGAAGGCCUCCCCAUUUUUGUCUGCUGAGUUGGAAGACGAGGAUGAUAAUAUCAUCAUCAGGCCACCUUUAAAGUCACUCCAGAAAGAGUGGCAAAAUGGAGAUGAGGCUUCAAAGCCAAAGAGCAAGGCCUCUCAUUCAGCCCAAAAAUUCUUUGAAAAGUGGCAAAAUGCAGCUUGUGCACAGUUUGGGCAAACAGAGGUUGAUGCCAUGGUAAGGGAGAUGUAUCUCAGUGGAAAACUGGAUAAAUCAGAAGCCACUGCUGCUGCACUUGGUAAAUGUGAGCCAGCAAGAGAUUUCAAGGACCUGUCUUCAGAAAUGAGCUUUAAAAUAUGGAAGACAGCCAAAUCUCCCUCUUUUCAGUGUCCUGAAACACCACUGAGUCAAAAUUCUGACAGAGAGUUGUUUUUGGUCAGAGGAGAGGACAAGCCUCUUAUAUUAAGAAAACAGGAACCAAAGUGCAAUGUAAGAAUGGAUUUUCUAAGAGAUGACCCUAUAAGCUCUUCAGAUAUUUUAGCUGAAGAGCGCCAGUUGUCUCAGGACUUGGUGCAGUCAUCGAAAAAGCAUCAGGAGUUUCGCUCCAUCUUUCAACACGUUCAGGCUACUCAGUCACAGAGAAGCCCAUCUGAGCUGUUUGCUCAGCACAUUGUCACCAUUGUUCACCACAUCAAGGCCCAGCACUUUCCGUCUUCUGGCAUGACUCUAAACGAGCGAUUCACCUUGUACCAAAGGCAAGCAGCAGAGAAGGAAAUGAUGAAGCCAAGAAAAAGCCCAGAGAUACACAGGCGGAUUGAUGUUUCACCAAGUGCUUUUAAGAAACACCCUCAGCUUUUCGAGGCGAUGAAAAGCUCAGAGGAUGGGACUUACAAGGACGGUGGGGAAAAACUGAAGGGUGACCCAAUGGAUCUUCGUUUGGACAUAGAGCGUCGUAAAAAAUAUUCCAUGCAUGACAGAGUUACAGGAGAUUCCCAAGAUUUUGGUCAAGAGAAAUCAGAGGAAAAUUGCUCAAAAUACCAAAAGACAUCAAAAAAAAGUGUCAGGAAACGCUCUCGCUCCAGCUCAUCCUCCUCUUCCUCAUCCUCCAAUUGUCAGAAUGAUGAAGAUUUAAUGCAUGGGAAUUUAGAGUCUAAAGAUGAAAUCUUUAGCAAGGCACGGCUUGGACAGAGGGAACCACCCGGAACAAUGGAAGUAGCACGAGCACAAGAAGAAUUUGUUACAGGAAAUGGUAUAGGAAAGAGACAAUAUCCAGUUGUGUGGAUGAAAAUGUAUUGUUGAUUUCAAGAGUUCAACUGAUUCUAGAGAAGAAGGCAAUAAAAGUUGUAGCCACUUGCACCAACCAAGGUAUGCUGCAAAAUGCAAUAGCAGGAGAAGAACUCAACCAUUGCAACUCCUGGCAGGUAACAGCAGGAAACAGAGCUCCAAUUUAAAUAGGCUCACAAAAAAUGGACAGUAACAGAAUUCACAUUGCUUUCUCAAAGAGGCAACAAUUGGUGUAUGAUCGAAAUUUGGAGUAAAUAUCAUGAAAGCAUGUUAUUCAUGAAUCAUGGUGGUGAAGGUAUAAUUGUAUGGGAGGAUAUUGUCUUGGUACAUUGCGGGAAUUAUUCAAAUGCACAUCAGUCUUGUUAUGGCUGGAGUCUACCCAUCUUCUGAAGCCAGCAGGAUAAUCCACAUCACAAGCCUCAAAUUAUCUUAAGAUAGUUUCUUUUAUAUGCAAAAUCAGUUUAUUUUGCUCCAACAGCCUCCGCAGUAACCAGAUUUAAAGAUGUCAAUACUACAAAGCAAGUGGAGAAACUCAAGAGUCUACACCAAUCGCAUUAAUAAAAUUAUAAUUCUAAAGGCUCAGCUGGGAUUAGCAAGGUGUAUCUAAUGAACUGGCUAGUGGGUGGCUGUUGCUCAGCAUUUGCCCAGAUUUCAUCUUUUUUUUUUGUUAACUCCAGAAAAUCCAAAUCCAAAGAAGGAACUGGAACAAAAGCAGCCAUCAGGGAAACAGCUCGCACAGUGACCAAGUGAACAUGGCAAUAAACACAAAAA